AUGAAGCCUAGAGCAAUGAUAGGCUACCUUGUCGGCUUCAAAGCAUCCAAUAUAUGGAGAAUAUGGGUGCCUAAGGCCCAUAAGGUUCUUAAUGCAAGAGACUGUGUGUUUGAUGAGAAUAGUUUCUAUCAACCAAAUUCGGCAUACGAUGUGAUAGACGACCAAUCCAAAGAAGCUAUCCAGCCUUUAUCAACACACGAAUUCAACCUAGUCAUUUCCGAGACUAGCAUUAAAGAGCCUCUCGAUGAUCCUUUGACGAUACGGCCUUUACCGGACGAACCAGAACUAUCGUCCGAUAACGACAUUGAAGAACUAUUGUCCAAUGACGAUAUUGAAAAACCUAAAAAUAGGGAGCAUGACUACGAAGACCAAAUCCUCGGCGACCUACCGCCUUCCCCAGACGAAUCAGAAGAAAGAGAAGAAGAAGAAGUGAGGCAAAACCAAUGCGAAAGUGAGGAUAACCUUACUCUAAACGGGACCGAAAACGCACCUUAUUCGGGCAAUUUUAGAGUAAAUGACCCUUCACUUUAUCCUCACCCAGAAGUCGGAAACGCCUCACUUCCCUCUGAACCUUCUUUAUUGUCCCAAAUCACUAUUCCGGCCGAAGACCUUACCCCGGAUGCACGUGUUCCCGACCAAUCACCUGAUUUUAUGGUCUUAAUUGAUAACUCUUCCUAUGACGAGGAAAUGUUGAAUUAA